AUGUUCGUCAACCGCUGACUAUUCUCUACAAAUCACAAAGACAUCGGCACCUUAUAUAUGCUAUUCGGUGCCUGAGCCGGAAUGGUAGGCACUGCACUCAGCCUUCUUAUUCGAGCUGAACUUGGUCAACCUGGAGCCCUCCUGGGGGAUGAUCAAAUCUACAAUGUAGUUGUCACAGCUCACGCUUUCGUAAUAAUUUUCUUCAUAGUCAUGCCAAUUAUAAUUGGAGGCUUCGGAAACUGACUGGUCCCUUUAAUAAUUGGCGCCCCCGACAUGGCUUUUCCCCGAAUAAACAACAUAAGCUUUUGACUUCUGCCUCCCUCUUUUCUGCUCCUACUAGCCUCCUCUAUAGUUGAAGCAGGCGUAGGAACUGGUUGAACAGUCUACCCUCCCCUAGCAGGUAAUUUAGCCCACGCAGGAGCAUCCGUAGAUCUAGCAAUCUUCUCACUCCACUUAGCCGGGGUCUCCUCAAUCCUCGGCGCCAUUAACUUUAUCACAACCAUCAUCAACAUAAAACCCCCAGCCAUGUCCCAAUACCAAACCCCCCUCUUCGUAUGAUCAGUCCUUAUUACAGCUGUCCUACUCCUACUCUCACUGCCAGUUUUAGCAGCAGGCAUUACUAUGCUCUUAACAGACCGAAAUCUAAACACAACCUUCUUCGACCCUGCAGGAGGCGGAGACCCUAUUCUUUACCAACACUUAUUCUGAUUCUUUGGUCACCCUGAAGUUUACAUUCUAAUUCUCCCAGGCUUCGGCGUAAUCUCCCACAUUGUAACUUAUUAUUCAGGCAAAAAAGAACCCUUUGGUUAUAUAGGAAUAGUAUGAGCUAUGAUAUCCAUUGGCUUCCUAGGAUUUAUUGUUUGAGCUCACCAUAUAUUUACUGUAGGAAUAGAUGUAGACACUCGCGCAUAUUUUACAUCAGCUACAAUAAUUAUUGCAAUUCCCACAGGUGUUAAAGUCUUCAGCUGACUAGCCACACUGCACGGAGGCAAUAUUAAAUGGUCCCCUGCCAUACUCUGAGCCCUGGGCUUCAUUUUCCUAUUUACAAUUGGGGGCCUAACAGGUAUUGUACUAGCCAACUCAUCACUAGACAUUGUCUUACACGAUACAUACUAUGUAGUAGCCCACUUCCACUACGUACUAUCUAUAGGAGCCGUAUUUGCCAUCAUAGGCGGAUUCGCACAUUGAUUCCCCCUAUUCUCAGGCUACACCCUUGACCCUGUCUGAGCAAAAAUUCAUUUCGCCGUCAUAUUCGUCGGAGUAAACCUCACAUUCUUCCCACAACACUUCCUAGGCCUAUCCGGCAUGCCUCGGCGUUACUCUGACUAUCCCGAUGCUUAUACCACAUGAAACACAGUGUCCUCAAUAGGCUCCUUCAUUUCACUAACAGCCGUCAUAAUCAUAGUUUUCAUAAUCUGAGAGGCAUUUGCAUCCAAACGAGAAGUCUCAACAGUCGAACUAACAACAACCAACCUAGAAUGACUUCACGGCUGCCCUCCUCCUUACCACACAUUCGAAGAGCCCGCCUACGUCAAAGCCUAG